AUGAGCUUCAAAGGCUUCCAGAAGAGCGUUAUCAGAGCGCCUCAAACGUUCAAAGCCAAGUUUAAUCUGGGUGAGCAUACCAAAGAUCCCGUCUACAUCGACGCGGAACGACGGUUCAAUGAGCUGGAGAAGGAGACCAAAAAAUUGCACACCGAGAGCAAGAAAUACUUCGAGGCCAUCAAUGGCAUGCUGAGCCACCAGAUCGAAUUCUCCAAAGCGAUCGCAGAAAUAUACAAGCCAAUAUCUGGUCGUGUCUCGGAUCCAAAUUCCACUGUUGUUGAGGGAAACCCGGAGGGCAUAAGAGCAUGCGAGGAAUACGAGUCUAUCGUGAAGGAGCUCCAGGCGACCCUGCAGCCGGAGCUUGAGAUGAUCGAGACGAGGGUUAUCAAACCUGCAGACGAGUUAUUGGAGAUCAUCAAGGUCAUAAGGAAAACGGCCACCAAACGAGACCACAAGCAAUUAGAUUACGACCGACACCGAGCGACGCUGAAGAAGCUGCAGGACAAGAAAGAGAAGAGCUUGAAAGAUGAGAAAGCCAUGUACAAGGCCGAGAACGACGUUGAAGGCGCAACUCAGGAAUACAACUACUAUAACGAUCUUCUCAAGGAUGAGCUCCCAAAACUGUUCGAGUUGGAACGCGAGUUCAUCCGGCCAUUAUUCCAGUCCUUCUACUACAUGCAAUUGAACGUCUUUUACACCCUACACGAGGGGAUGCAAGGCUGCGAUAUCGGGUACUUCAACCUGUCUCUAGGCGUGGAGGAGGCGUUCGAAAUGAAACGAGGGGAUAUUCGAGAACGGGCCGAGGCUCUCUCGAUCGUGAAAUUCAAGACGACAGGAGCGAAGCGUCCUGCAUCAAAGUUCGGUCCUGGAGCUGGCAAGCUAGCUCUCGAUGAACCACGCAGGUCUACCUCUUCUAGUUUUUCAAAACCCGCCAUCGAACCCGCCAAGGUGGCCUCCCCGACGAUGCCGGCGAUGCAGGAGUCCGACAACCCACCCCCGCCAUACUCAUCCGCCGUCUCGCCAACGAGUUCCGUGUCAGGCGUUGGACGGAUGAACUCGACGAGCAGCGCCUUGGGCAAGGCAAAGCCGCCGCCACCCAAGCCUAAGCCGACUCGAUUCAGCGGGGCGCCUGCUCCGGAGACCUGCACAGCGCUGUACGAUUACGAGGCCCAGGCCGAGGGUGAUUUGAGUUUUGUGACCGGGGACGUGAUCGAGAUCGUCACGAGAACGAAUAAUGAGAAUGAAUGGUGGGUAGGUAGGCUCCACGGGCAGGAAGGACAGUUCCCAGCAAACUAUGUCAAGUUACGUUGA